AAAAAUUUCCCGGUAUUUUAUUUCCCAAAGUAUAUGACUCUACAAUUACAAUGGGAAACUCAAAAAGCUCACUCGUUAAGAAGCUUGGUUUUAAGAGCCAAAGUAACAGAAAUUCCGAACUAGACGUAACUGAAGCGGAAAAGCAAAGAAGAGAUGGUGUAAAAGCUCGAGCGAUGGCACUAAAUAGAGUUGUUAGCCAUUAUUUUGGAAGAAAAUCAUCAACUGAACAAGUAAAUCCAGGUGCUAACAACUCCCAGGCCGAAUCAACUGAGAACGUUGAAACAACUGAAGAUACAAGUUAUAUAAUCAAGAUGAAGGACCGACAAAUAGAUUACCUCACCAAUCAGAUACGUAAGUUCCUUUGCAUAAUUUCCAAGAUUUAUUCUUACCUUCUCGAGAUUACUUAUAUUCGUUGAAUUUUUUUUUUAUAUACAGAUAAAAUGUUGACGAAAAUGGAGGGUACCGAAUUAGAUAUUAAUGAAUUAAGAAUAAUCUCAGACGAAGUUGAUCUUUUCAACAAGGACGAUUUUGAGAGAUUGCAACAACUGGAUAUGGUUGAAAAUUUGGAGCGAGAAGCCCAGAGACAACGACGUGAAAGACUAGAACUUCAAGAAAAGUUGGAAAAAGUUCAUUUACAAAAUAUGAGAGAUCGAAUAAGAGAAAUGACAAUUGAAGAAGUUGACGAAAAUGAGGAGGACGAGGACGAGAUGGAGGAGGUGAAGGAAGAGGAGGAAUCAAUAGAUGUAGAAAGAACCAAGAGUAAGGGGAAGAAAAACUCCAAGGAAAACAGAAAGGAUAGAAAGAAGGCCGAAAAGAGGAAAAAAAAUAGAAAGCGUAAAGAUAUUAAGAUCGAAAAGAAACAGAAGAAGAGCCUGAAGCUGAGAGGCAAGAAAAGAGAGAAGCGAAAGAAGUUAGGAAAAGAGGUGUGUAAUCGAGAAAAUAUAGAAAAUGAUAGUUAUUAUAUUGACUACGAUGAGGUUGAAUACUACAAGGAUCAGGAAAGUUAUGAUUGGAUUGUUACUAGUAACGAGAAAUCUUCAAACUUAAAUCAUAUGCUUAAUCUAGAUAAGACUAAAAAUGAGAUCGAUGAGGGAGAAUUUAAUGGUAUUUUUACCGCUAUUAGAGUUUUGGCCGUUGACACAAAUGAAAUGAGAAAUGAAACAAGUAUUGAAUCUUCCAAUGUAUCUUUUUCAAGUGAAAGUGAGAAAAAACGAACUGAGAGGACUAAUUUUAAAUCCUACGAAGAGUAUUCGGAAGAGGAUAGAGUUGGUCUGGCAAUUGCAAUGCCCUAUCUUGAAAUAACCGAAGAAGAUACUGUUGGAGUAACCGUAAGCGGAUCACCUCAAAGAGAGCUUGAAGAAAAGAACUUAACAAAUUUCACCGAAAUAGAUAACGAAUCUUUUGACGAAGGUUCAGUGAAAAUGGCUCUGGCGAUCCCCCAUUAUGAAUACUAUCACGAAUGUGAAGAUGGAGCAUGUGAUAGAAGCUUUCAACAAAAGUUACCAGAAAAAUUCGAUAAUGAAAGCGACGGAGAAAUAUACUAUAUGGAAACUAGCGACACUGAAUCAGAGAGCGAAUGUGAAUCAGCCGAAAGCCACCAGUAUGAUACAAUCGAUGAAUCAGAUGAAGACAUUAAAAUGGCUAUGUUAGACGGAAAAAUCAAGGCUCUCGGAAUACCAAUAUUGGGUGAUGAUCCGGAGUUAAACAUGAAUCGAAAACAUAGAAACGGCGACUUUGGAAAAUUUAAUCGAUUGAAUGAUCUCGUAAAUGAAGCACGCCGUCAACUCCAUAGAAACCUUCAAAAAGAUUCUGAUGAUGAAUCUUUAUUUGGCUGACCCUUCAAAUGUCGGAAAGCUCUACCUCUCGUAGAUUGCAACUUUUCAAAUUGUUAACGAAUUAUUAUUGGAUCUAGACAAAAGACUUUUCCUUUUUGCUUGUCUCGUAUUUGUUGAACGUGAUACGCACUUUAUGAAGAAUUAUCUUUGUCUCGUUAUAUCAUAAUUUGAUAAUUUGUUAAAGGUAUUACUUUAUUGUUUCAAUUAGAAUUUGAAAUUGUUUUCUUUCAUGAAAAUUUCCUAGUUUCCUAUUAAUGUAAAGAAUAAAAUAGAAAAG